AAGCGCAGACGCACUGAGCCCAAGCAGCCGGUGAUGGCGGCAGCAGCGGCGGUGGCUGCGGCGGGUCCGGGCCCAUGAGGCGACGACGGAGGCGGGACGGCUUUUACCCAGCGCCGGACUUCCGAGACAGGGAAGCUGAGGACAUGGCAGGAGUAUUUGACAUAGACCUGGACCAGCCAGAGGACGCGGGCUCUGAGGAUGAGCUGGAGGAGGGGGGUCAGUUAAAUGAAAGCAUGGACCAUGGGGGAGUUGGACCAUAUGAACUUGGCAUGGAACAUUGUGAGAAAUUUGAAAUUUCGGAAACUAGUGUGAACAGAGGGCCAGAAAAAAUCAGACCAGAAUGUUUUGAGCUACUUCGGGUACUUGGUAAAGGGGGCUAUGGAAAGGUUUUUCAAGUACGAAAAGUAACAGGAGCAAAUACUGGGAAAAUAUUUGCCAUGAAGGUGCUUAAAAAGGCAAUGAUAGUAAGAAAUGCUAAAGAUACAGCUCAUACAAAAGCAGAACGGAAUAUUCUGGAGGAAGUAAAGCAUCCCUUCAUUGUGGAUUUAAUUUAUGCCUUUCAGACUGGUGGAAAACUCUACCUCAUCCUUGAGUAUCUCAGCGGAGGAGAAUUAUUUAUGCAGUUAGAAAGAGAGGGAAUAUUUAUGGAAGACACAGCCUGCUUUUACUUGGCAGAAAUCUCCAUGGCUUUGGGGCAUUUGCAUCAAAAGGGGAUCAUCUACAGAGACCUGAAGCCGGAAAAUAUCAUGCUUAAUCACCAAGGUCAUGUGAAACUAACAGACUUUGGACUAUGCAAAGAAUCUAUUCACGAUGGAACAGUCACACACACAUUUUGUGGAACAAUAGAAUACAUGGCCCCUGAAAUCUUGAUGAGAAGUGGCCACAAUCGUGCUGUGGAUUGGUGGAGUUUGGGAGCAUUAAUGUAUGACAUGCUGACUGGAGCAGUAGGUGCACAGUUAAAAGCUGCAUGUAUUAUGCCCCCAUUCACUGGGGAGAACAGAAAGAAAACAAUUGACAAAAUCCUCAAAUGUAAACUUAAUUUGCCUCCCUACCUCACACAAGAAGCCAGAGAUCUGCUUAAAAAGCUGCUGAAAAGAAAUGCUGCUUCUCGACUUGGAGCUGGUCCUGGGGAUGCUGGAGAAGUUCAAGCUCAUCCAUUCUUCAGGCAUAUUAACUGGGAAGAAUUGCUGGCUCGGAAGGUGGAGCCCCCCUUUAAACCUCUGUUGCAAUCCGAAGAGGAUGUGAGUCAGUUUGAUUCAAAGUUUACACGUCAGACACCUGUUGACAGCCCAGAUGACUCAACUCUCAGUGAAAGUGCCAACCAGGUCUUUCUGGGUUUUACAUAUGUGGCUCCAUCUGUACUUGAAAGUGUGAAAGAAAAAUUUUCCUUUGAACCAAAAAUCCGAUCACCUCGAAGAUUUAUUGGCAGCCCACGAACACCUGUCAGCCCAGUCAAAUUUUCUCCUGGGGAUUUCUGGGGAAGAGGUGCUUCAGCCAGCACGGCAAAUCCUCAGACGCCUGUGGAAUAUCCAAUGGAAACAAGUGGAAUAGAGCAGAUGGAUGUGACGAUGAGUGGGGAAGCUUCAGCACCACUUCCAAUACGACAGCCGAACUCCGGGCCAUACAAAAAACAGGCUUUUCCCAUGAUCUCGAAACGACCAGAGCACCUACGUAUGAAUCUAUGACAGAGCAACGAUUUUAAUGAAUUAAGGCAAAAAAGGUGGGGAAAGGAUGUGUGAGCAUCCUGUAAGGUGAAACAGGAAGACUCAAAAUGACAGUCUCGAAGAGUUAGUGUCAUUACAUUGAACACUUUGGACAGAGGAAGAAUAAACAUGGAUUUUAAAAAAUCAAUCAAUGGUGCAAAAAAAAAAAAAAACUUAAGCAAAAUAGUAUUGUGGAACUCUUAGGCACAUCAAUUAAUUGAUUCCUAGCGACAUCUUCUCAACCUUAUCAAGGAUUUUGAUGUUGAUGGCUCGAACUGACAGUAUUAAGGGUAGGAUGUUGCUUCUGAAUCACUGUUGAGUUCUGAUUGUGUCGAAGAAGGGUUAUCCUUUCAUUAGGCAAAGUAUGAAAUUGCCUGUAAUACUUGCAACUAAGGACAAAUUAGCAUGCAAGCUUGUUCAAACUUUUUCCAGCAACAUGGAAUCAAAGACAAAAGAAACUUAACAAUUGAUGUUUUACGUGCAAACAACCUGAAUCUUUUUUUUAUAUAAAUAUAUAUUUUUCAAAUAGAUUUUUGAUUCAGCUCAUUAUGGAAAACAUCCCAACUUUAAAAUGCAAAAUUAUUGGUUGGUGUGAAGAAAGCCAGACAACUUCUGUUUCUUCUCUUGGUGAAAUAAUAAAAAUGCAAAUGAAUCAUUGUUAACCACAGCUGUGGCUCGUUUGAGGGAUUGGGGUGGACUUGGGGUUUAUUUUCAGUAACCCAGCUGCAAUACCUGUCUGUAAUACUAGAAAAAAAAAUUAUUUAAUCAUUUCUACUUGCAGUACUGCUAUGGGCUAAGCUUAACUGGAAGCUUUGGAAUGGGCAUAUAUUGUAUGUCCUACAUUUCAUCCUUGUCCUGGGCCUGCAUUGCACUGGAAAAAUGGCGCCACCUGUUCUUAUACCAGUAUUUGGUUCAAGACGCCAAAUGUUUUCAGCCCAUGGCUGAAGAAGGAUGGAAAAGAGUCAGGAUAAAAUGCAUACUGAGGGCAGUAAAGUGAGGGAGAGAGGGAGAUCCAGGGAAAGAGGGUGUUGUCAUGUUCCACUCUCUGUGUCUAAUCUCUUUACAGCAAAUUGGUAAGAUUUUAAGUUUUACUUUUAACUGUUUUUGCUGUCUACCUUCCUUAGGUUUUUUUUCCUCAACAGUUUUAAAAGGAAAAAAGUAUUUUUCUUUCUCCUAUACUGGGGCUACAUUUUUUGAUUGUAAAAAUAUUUGAUGGCCUUUUGAUGAAUGUCUUCCACAGUGAAUAAGAAAACUUAGUGGCUUAAUUUAGGAAACAUGUUAACAAAACACUAUGUUUUUGAAAUUGUAACAAAAUCUACAUAAGUGAUAUACAGGUACAAAGAAUAAAAAUAAAGGUAACUUUACCUUUCUUAAA